UCGGAGCAAAGCCACCCUUUGCUGGCCAGUCGCGUUGCUCCUCCGAGGAAGCAAGCGGCGUUGGCGACUCGGUGGAAAAAAUAACGAAAGAAAGGCAGAGAGGAAGUAGCGAGAGAAGAGAGAAAAUGAAGUCAGCGCUGGGGGAGCCUGCAGGAGGGUGGCCAACAGUGGAGCAAGGAGGAUUUGGCUUCUUUUCCGCACCCCGGGCGUGAACGCCCUCUCCAACGCGACCCCAGGAAAUAAGUGGGUCUCGCCUAGGCAGAAAAGGAAAAGAAUCCAAGCGAGAGCGCGUCGCUCCUCUGUCACUGCUGCCCCCGAGGAACUCCGGCGGCUUCUCAUCCCGGCCGCCUCGCGGGGCCGGACGCAGUGCCCGAGGCGCCCUGCAGAUGGGGCGGGCAGGGAACGGGCGCUCCAGCUGCGGGUGACAGGCGCCGGCCCGCCCGCCUGCCUGCUCAGCGCAGUGACCGGGCGGGCAGAGGAUGCCAGGCGGAGGGACCUGGGAGCGGGAUCUGAGACUGCCGGGGGCGCGCUAGGCUCCAACUUGCAUGGCCUAGAGACCGCUCCAGCUCCUGGGACCGCUUCACCGAGUGGAGUGAAGCUGCGCGCGGGACCUCGAGGCGGAGACCUCAGGCAGCGGCUGCAGAGGGGCGAGCCGGGCGCAGGAGGGGGCGCGCUUUCUCCCUGCGGGUCUCAGUAAUGAGGAGACUGAGUUUGUGGUGGCUGCUGAGCAGGGUCUGUCUGCUGUUGCCGCCGCCCUGCGCACUGGUGCUGGCUGGGGUGCCCGGCUCCUCGUCGCACCCGCAGCCCUGCCAGAUCCUCAAGCGCAUCGGGCACGCGGUGAGGGUGGGCGCGGUGCACUUGCAGCCCUGGACCACCGCCCCACGCGCGGCCAGCCGCGCUCCGGACGGCAGCCGAGCAGGAGCCCAGAGGGAUGAGCCGGAGCCAGGGACUAGGCGGUCCCCGGCGCCCUCGCCGGGCGCACGCUGGUUGGGGAGCACCCUGCAUGGCCGGGGGCCGCCGGGCUCCCGUAAGCCCGGGGAGGGCGCCAGGGCGGAGACCCUGUGGCCACGGGACGCCCUCCUAUUUGCCGUGGACAACCUGAACCGCGUGGAAGGGCUGCUACCCUACAACCUGUCUUUGGAAGUAGUGAUGGCCAUCGAGGCAGGCCUGGGCGAUCUGCCGCUUUUGCCCUUCUCCUCCCCUAGCUCGCCAUGGAGCAGUGACCCUUUCUCCUUCCUGCAAAGUGUGUGCCAUACCGUGGUGGUGCAAGGGGUGUCGGCGCUGCUCGCCUUCCCCCAGAACCAGGGCGAAAUGAUGGAGCUCGACUUGGUGAGCUUAGUCCUGCACAUUCCAGUGAUCAGCAUCGUGCGCCACGAGUUUCCGCGGGAGAGUCAGAAUCCCCUUCACCUACAACUGAGUUUAGAAAAUUCAUUAAGUUCUGAUGCUGAUGUCACUGUCUCAAUCCUGACCAUGAACAACUGGUACAAUUUUAGCUUGUUGCUGUGCCAGGAAGACUGGAACAUCACCGACUUCCUUCUCCUUACCCAGAAUAAUUCCAAGUUCCACCUUGGUUCUAUCAUCAACAUCACCGCUAACCUCCCCUCCACCCAAGACCUCUUGAGCUUCCUACAGAUCCAGCUUGAGAGUAUUAAGAACAGCACACCCACAGUGGUGAUGUUUGGCUGCGACAUGGAAAGUAUCCGGCGGAUUUUCGAAAUUACAACCCAGUUUGGGGUCAUGCCCCCUGAACUUCGUUGGGUGCUGGGAGAUUCCCAGAAUGUGGAGGAGCUGAGGACAGAGGGUCUGCCCUUAGGGCUCAUUGCUCAUGGAAAAACAACACAGUCUGUCUUUGAGCACUACGUACAAGAUGCUAUGGAGCUGGUCGCAAGAGCUGUAGCCACAGCCACCAUGAUCCAACCAGAACUUGCUCUCAUUCCCAGCACGAUGAACUGCAUGGAGGUGGAAACUACAAAUCUCACUUCAGGACAAUAUUUAUCAAGGUUUCUAGCCAAUACCACUUUCAGAGGCCUCAGUGGUUCCAUCAGAGUAAAAGGUUCCACCAUCGUCAGCUCAGAAAACAACUUUUUCAUCUGGAAUCUUCAACAUGACCCCAUGGGAAAGCCAAUGUGGACCCGCUUGGGCAGCUGGCAGGGGGGAAAGAUUGUCAUGGACUAUGGAAUAUGGCCAGAGCAGGCCCAGAGACACAAAACCCACUUCCAACAUCCAAGUAAGCUACACUUGAGAGUGGUUACCCUGAUUGAGCAUCCUUUUGUCUUCACAAGGGAGGUAGAUGAUGAAGGCUUGUGCCCUGCUGGCCAACUCUGUCUAGACCCCAUGACUAAUGACUCUUCCACAUUGGACAGCCUUUUUAGCAGCCUCCAUAGCAGUAAUGAUACAGUGCCCAUUAAAUUCAAGAAGUGCUGCUAUGGAUAUUGCAUUGAUCUGCUGGAAAAGAUAGCAGAAGACAUGAACUUUGACUUCGACCUCUAUAUUAUAGGGGAUGGAAAGUAUGGAGCCUGGAAAAAUGGGCACUGGACUGGGCUAGUGGGUGAUCUCCUGAGUGGGACUGCCCACAUGGCAGUCACUUCCUUUAGCAUCAAUACUGCACGGAGCCAGGUGAUAGAUUUCACCAGCCCUUUCUUCUCCACCAGCUUGGGCAUCUUAGUGAGGACCCAAGAUACAGCAGCUCCCAUUGGAGCCUUCAUGUGGCCACUCCACUGGACAAUGUGGCUGGGGAUUUUUGUGGCUCUGCACAUCACUGCUGUCUUCCUCACUCUAUAUGAAUGGAAGAGUCCAUUUGGUUUGACUCCCAAGGGGCGAAAUAGAAGUAAAGUCUUCUCCUUUUCUUCAGCCUUGAACGUCUGUUAUGCCCUCUUGUUUGGCAGAACAGUGGCCAUCAAACCUCCAAAAUGUUGGACUGGAAGGUUUCUAAUGAAUCUUUGGGCCAUUUUCUGUAUGUUUUGCCUUUCCACAUACACGGCAAACUUGGCUGCUGUCAUGGUAGGUGAGAAGAUCUAUGAAGAGCUUUCUGGAAUACAUGACCCCAAGUUACAUCAUCCUUCCCAAGGAUUCCGCUUUGGAACUGUCCGAGAAAGCAGUGCUGAAGAUUAUGUGAAACAAAGUUUCCCAGAGAUGCAUGAAUAUAUGAGAAGGUACAAUGUUCCAGCCACCCCUGAUGGAGUGGAGUAUCUGAAGAAUGAUCCAGAGAAACUAGACGCCUUCAUCAUGGACAAAGCCCUUCUGGAUUAUGAAGUGUCAAUAGAUGCUGACUGCAAACUUCUCACUGUGGGGAAGCCAUUUGCCAUAGAAGGAUACGGCAUUGGCCUCCCACCCAACUCUCCAUUGACCUCCAACAUAUCCGAGCUAAUCAGUCAAUACAAGUCACAUGGGUUUAUGGAUAUGCUCCAUGACAAGUGGUACAGGGUGGUUCCCUGUGGCAAGAGAAGUUUUGCUGUCACGGAGACUUUGCAAAUGGGCAUCAAACACUUCUCUGGACUCUUUGUGCUGCUGUGCAUUGGAUUUGGUCUGUCCAUUUUGACCACCAUUGGUGAGCACAUAGUAUACAGGCUGCUGCUACCACGAAUCAAAAACAAAUCCAAGCUGCAAUACUGGCUCCACACCAGCCAGAGAUUACACAGAGCAAUAAAUACAUCAUUUGUAGAGGAAAAGCAGCAGCAUUUCAAGACCAAACGUGUGGAAAAGAGGUCUAAUGUGGGACCCCGUCAGCUCACCAUAUGGAAUACUUCCAAUCUGUGUCAUGACAACCGACGAAAAUACAACUUUAGUGAUGAGGAAGGACAAAACCAGCUGGGCAUCCGGAUCCACCAGGACAUCCCCCUCCCUCCAAGGAGAAGAGAGCUCCCUGCCUCGCUGACCACCAAUGGGAAAGCAGACUCCCUAAAUGUAUCUCGGAACUCAGUGAUGCAGGAACUCUCAGAGCUCGAGAAACAGAUUCAGGUGAUCCGUCAGGAGCUGCAGUUGGCUGUGAGCAGGAAAACGGAGCUGGAGGAGUAUCAAAAGACAAGUCGGACUUGUGAGUCCUAGGUGACCACACUGCUUCCCUUUCUCAGUUCCUGACCUUCCUCUGAGCCCUUGAGACACUUUGUAAUGCUCUUUUGUAACUAUCGACAAAGGUGUGGGGAAGCUGAGGUCUAGGUCUUCUUAGAGGUCAAGUCUGCUCUCCCUCGCCUAAAGUGCAGCAGCAGCUCCUCUCAAGUUCACUCCCUAGGUCUCCAGGGUAGGAGUGUUUUUCUAGCAAGAAUCUUAGUCAGGAGUAAGCUCUGUGUGAGAGAUCUGUCAAUAACCAGAUAACCCCAGCUCCCGUUAACCUUUUCACCAGGUGCCACAGUAAUAUUUCUGGUUUUUAGCCCUUUCUCUGCACUACCAACAAGAGAUAAAAUUGUUACUCAUACUUAUGUCUUACUGGGUUGUUGGUUUUCAUCAUAACACAGAACGAGGUUAUCUAGGGUUGUAGCUUUUGAUACAACUCCCUGAUCUAGAUUCCUACAUUCUGAAUGGGGAGCAGGUAAGAGCAGAGCACCUCCCACUGGGGCUGGGGUAUUUAAAAAUAAACUCAUUAGUAUCAUAAAGGUCAAGGAUUGAUUGGACCAGGCAAGAGCCAUGUUUUUGAGAAGGUUCUGGAUCUCUGACUCCAUCCUGACUGUUUAGUAAGAGCAUGCUUACACCCUACUGUGAAAGGGGGAGAGGAUGUGGUAAGCAGGAACAGAAGACAGGCAGCAGAGGCAUUAAAAAUGCAUAUGCUUUCAGAACAAAAGCUCUGGGCCAGAAAGGCAAUUUGGCUAAAAAAUGAAUAAGACUACUUCUAAUGUAACUAAGCAUCUCCACUAUGGUGUGUGCCUUUUAUAAAGGAAAAGAGAGAAAAAGGCAAAGCAAGGUUGUGGCCUUAGGUUGGACCUGGAAUAUCCCUUAUUGCCUAUAAUGGAAUAUGUGACACUGUGGGUGAAAUGUUCUACACACCACACACUAGGCCAUUUUCAGAUCAGCAGUCACCCAUCGCUUAGCAUAGAAAUCCCAAAACCUCCAGCCUGGGAACACUACAAGCUUCGACCAUUCAGGAAUCUGCCCUGCACUUUGCAUAUAUGUAUAGAAAAUCAAGUCAAUCCCCCAUCCUCACACCCACUCAUCUCUGAGGAGCUAUGAACUGGUUUUGGUCCCUCUAAUGAUCCUCCAGCCUCAUCUAAUGCCCCCCAAAGACUGAUACAAGUAACCUCCCCUCUGCUUAGGUGCCACUUUCUCAGCAUAUCAAGUUUAGGCAGCAAGGGAAAGGAAUACGGGUCAGUUCUCAAAUGUCAAUGUAGAUAAGAGUCAUCUAGUAGAGAACUCAUCAGAGUGCGGAUUGCGAAGACCCUUCUCCUGAGAUUAUGGGGUUGGGGGUGGAGGUCUGGAGGUGAGCUCAGAAACCUACUGUUAACCAACACCCCCAAGUGACUGACACAGGUGGUCUAAAAAUUACUUUUCUAGAAACACCAUUCUGGAAGUUUGGCUGCCCACAGGCAGGAGGAGAAGCAUGAAGAGAAAACCUGUUUGAGAAGUUUUGUUUUGUUUUGUUUUUUAAUAAUUUUAGCACACAUCUGCUGACUCUCCUUCAACAUCCUCACCCCCACCCCUGGGCACCAUUUAGGACAAGACUUCCUUAUUUAUCAAUUACUUGAUUUAUCUUCUCAGGACUCAUUGUUCCACCCCCAACCAAUUUGAAUGCCUAUAAUAAGUUCAGGAGCUGUGCCAAGCACUUUCCUCUUUUACAGCUGGAGAUCACUGGAAAGGUGUCUCAGUCACAAAACUUCUCCCUCUACUACUGGAUGAAAUGUCUGCAUUUCCACCAAAAUCUACCCAGUCACCCAGGGAAUAACAACUUAAGCUGUAGUUAGAUAACACCUAGUGAUUAAUUGGCUGAGAAAACCCUGGAGUGGAGGGAGGCUCAGAGAUACUGAUACGGAUGUGGGAGGGCUCUAAAGUUAGAGGUCACCAAAUCCACAGAUGAAACAGUUCAAUAAUGAGGAAACAGGUGAGCCCUGAAAACACAAAAGGACAAUUCUGUGUUGAAACACCCCAUCCCCUCACGUUCUCACCCCAGGCCCAGAAGUACGUUGCAACUGCCUUUGGAAGAUUUUGCCCCUUAGCCAUCCCACCCACUUGUACCAGCUAAGAAUGCUGGAGACUCUGCCACCAUGCUCUGCGUGCCCCUGAACAUCUGUGCAGCCCGGAAGGCUGACGUACAGGUGUACCUCAAUCCACAUUACAGCCAUGCUCCUAAUGUACAUGGACAUUUUUGUAACUCAGCUCAUAUUCUGACUGUAUUUGAGAAGCUGGCUGUUUAAGGGAACCCAGAAGUGAAUUCUUUUGUAAAGUAAAGCACCCUUUUGUAAUGCAAUUAAUUAUCCCUUAAUGUAUCUGUUUUGUAAGUCUGAAUUUUUGUAUAUCGGGUUUACCUUAAGCUUCUCCAGUGAGGCAUUCUGAGCAGUGGUGAUCACAUGCCAGAUCGCCCUGCCUAUCCACAAAGUAGAUGACCAAUGCACGCUCCUCAAACAUCUUUGGAGGAACUACCUGGCCAAAACACUGGCCAGGAUGCAGCAAGCAGCAGCAGGGGCUGACAGCAGGCUUACUGCCAUCAACAUUGCUUGAAAUGCCUCUAUGUUCUGAAUAAAGAAAAACCAUAAUUGCUUGUGGUGAAAUGAAGCAGUCUUCAUGUUAAGUAGCAAUGGUUAUUUUUAUUGGUAGUAACUGAACAGUGUUUUGCAAUUUGUGAAACAGUAUAUUGUGUUUUGUAAAAUGAUGUCAUGAAAUGGUGGGUCCUUGGAAACCUCCUUUCCGUUCAGCUCUGCCUCUGUUCUUUCAACUCCUUUGAGGCUCAAAAAAAUCACAAAGAUCAGAAGCCUUCAGAUAGAGGGUGGUAUUCUGGUAAAGAAGAAAGAGAUAAGGGAUGCUACCUUGCUUUUCUGGCACAGGAAGCACAUGAUAAAACAUGCUCAGAUGAGCUGGAACAGAUAUAGCUACCUGGUUCGUGUAAAUAAGAAUAAUAAAGGCCCCAGAGUGUGUAUGCUUCCAGGUGGAGGAGAAAGGGGAAUCUCCCAAAAUUUAAAAACAAAUUGGAAGAAUAACCAGGACAGCCAAGUGAGGCAGCCACAGGGACCCAAGCAGUCGAGGUCUUUAAUGUGCCUGGAGAUGACUCUCUGCUAUUCAUGAAUCUUGCUAUUGCACAAACCCUAUCAAGAGCUGCUGCUUCCCUUCCAGCCAGAAAAGUGGUAAGCAGAGCAAGUGCCAAGUAGAACAGACCUUAUCAUCUGGGUAACAGACUUCUCAGUGUUGGUGCUGUGUCUGUUAGAGCCUUAGAGCAAGUUAAGCACUUCCUUGGUGUGGGUAAAGAAUAAAGGGGAAAGAAACUACUUUAGAGCCUCUUUUUCUCCCAGCUCAUAUUUUUGAUAGGAAAAACAGAAAACCCAUCCAGUUCUUCAGAAAUUGCUUUCUAGGCAUUAAUACUACUUUACUAUCUAUACUGUUUAGUUAUUCCUUUCUUUACCCACCUAAACUAUCCAUCUAAUCCAGGAUUCCCUCACUUUUUUUUAGUUACUAAUCAUUUUAUGAAAAUAAUGUAUUUAUAAGUAUUUUCUUAAGGUUUGUGAAGAGUAUUUGCAUUGUGUCUUCAUUUUAAUGUGUUUGCAAUCGCUCCGCUCCAGGAAGAACGGAAAUGCUGUCUUGUGAGCAUGAAGUGAACGGGCUGUUUUGCUCCAGCCACUUUUCUUGUACAACCACAUGGAUGGAUUAGAUGUCCUCAGGUCUUUUCCAUCUUCAGUUUCUAUGACUGUGGAAUAAAUGUUCAGAUAGAAACUUCACUUUUGGAUGUACUGCUGGCUUUGUCUUUGGGGAUUCAAAUGUUGACAUGAUACCAGUUCCUUCUUAACAGGAGACCCAUUAAUGCUAUGAUUUAUGCUUAUUUCCUUGCUAUAGUCCAAAGAAGAAACACAAGAUAUGCUGAGAAAUCUCAGAGCUCAGGCAUCAUGAAGUAGAACUGAAAUGGCUUCAUCUGAGAUAGACAUUCUAGGAAAAAGCACAAGUUCAGAGGUCUCUAAAAUCCUGUACUGAUCACCCUUAUUAGUAAUUCGACAAACAUUUGCUAAACAGCUUCCAUGUACGUGCCAAGUGCUGGAGACACAAUAGUGAAGAAGAUAGGUAUGGUCCCUAACUUAUGACCUUUUUUUUUUUUUUUUUUUGAGACGGAGUCUUGCUCUGUCACCAGGCUGGAGUGCAGUGGCAUGAUCUUGGCUCACUGCAACCUCUGCCUCCCAGGUUCAAGUGAUUCUCCUGCCUCAGCCUCCCAUCCGAGUAACUGGGACUACAGGCGCCCGCCACCAUGUCCGGCUAAUUUUUUGUAUUUUAGUAGAGACGGAGUUUCACCAUGUUGGCCAGGAUGGUAUCGAUCUCCUUACCUCGUGAUCCACCCACCUCAGCCUCCCAAAGUGUGGGGAUUACAGGCAUGAGCCACCACACCCACCCUCAAUCUGACGUUUUUACAACCUAUAAACAGGUAAUACUGUAACAACUAACAUAUAUUGGGUACUUAUUAUAAACCAUGAUCUCAUUUAAUCUUAACAACCCCACAAGAUAGGCACUAUAGAUGUAGUCUUAAGUAGGUAAAUGAGACCUCCAGUUUACAGAUAAAAAAACAAGAGUCAGAGAAACUAUGUAACUUGCCCAAGGUUGCAGAACUAGUAAUAGUAACAGAGAUUAGUACAACCAUACAGGAUUCCGGUCACUGCCUCACAAUUUUCUAUUCUUCCUUGAAUCCCCUUUUAGUCUUUCUGCCUUAUUGCUUCUUUCCCAUGCCUCGGCCUGGCCCCUAGCUCCACAGAACAGAGAGGGAAGCGGAUAUUGUAACUGCACCUUCAUGGUCCAUUUAACUCAACACUGUAAUACCUAUGUCUCAUAAAAAUAGCAUUUCAGCAUCUUUUCUUUCUGCUUUCUAGCCCAACCAAGAAUUGAUGCAAACACAGUUACAAAUCAGCAGCAGCCCUGCGGUCCCAGACAUACUGGCAGUUUCUGAUAACCCAAGCAGUUUUAGCUGCAGGCAAAUUUGCCUUCAUGAAUCUGCUAGCCUGCUGCCUUCUUCACACACAUUCUUUCCGAAGAGAAACAAUCAAAUCUCAUGAAAAUGUAAAUCCACUAUAACUUAAUUCAACUACCUACUUACCUAAGGAUGCUUUUGCAUUACUCAAUCAUUCAUAUUUUGGAUGCCUAUUUGUACCCAGGCAUUGGGGCUAGUUGCUGGAAAACAGACAGAUAAAAACAGCAGAUUCUGAUCCCAUAGAGCUCAGUGUAAUGAAAGGACACAAACUGACAUUUUAUGGUGUGUACUCUAAUAAGGAAAUGCACAUCGGGUACUAUUGGAGCAAAGAAAACACUGUGUGUAUGUGUGCAUGUGGGUGCAGGUGUGUGAGGUGAAGAGACUCGGUGGAGGGUAACAGGCAACUAAAGUAAAAGAAAGCAUGUACGAAAUUCCAGAUUAGGGAAACCAUGGCAAUCAAGAAACUGGGACCUUCAAAUCAUUUAAUAUAACAGAAACACACAGCUUAAGGUGGAUGACAAACUAUAUGAACUGGAAAGAGAAAAGCAGAGGCAAGAUCACUUGUGCUAAAUUGGAUUUGUGUCCUGAAGACUACAGGAACCACUAAAGGAUUUUAAGCUGAAGAGACAACUAGUAAAAGAACAGGAUCCUCACCACCAGGUGGAGCUGGAUGUCACUCACAUGCAUUUUAGUUGUAGGACAGUGAGCAGAUAAAGUUAACUUUUUGAAGUUUUGGAAUGAGUUGGCCAUGACAUCAUUUACCAGGACAGGCAGACUAGAGACAGACAGACAUCUAUAAACAUGUGUCUUAGAUUUCAGGGAGGAUGUCAGUGUUUUGUUUUGCUUUGUUUUUUUCCCUAGAAAUAAGAAAAUGUAGGUGGAAACGAAAGUUGAUCUAUCAAUUUAUUUGCUCAACAAUUAUAGAAGUUAGCAUUUGCUGAGCAUUUACUAGAUGCCAGGCGCUGUGCUGAAUGUCUCCUGUACGAUGAUUCAUUUCAUCCUCCAUACAACCCUAUGAUGUAGUUAUUAUUUUAUAGAUGAAGAAACUGAAGCAUAGAGACAUGAAGUAACUUGCUAAUAAGUAGCAGCGCCAUAUGCAGGCAAGUCGGACUUCAUGAGAAAUAUAUUUAACACAAUGCCUGGAAUCACAAUAAGCACUCAGCAAAUGCAUAUGAUUGGGAGAGCAGGAAGAAAUCUAAGAUCCCUUGAUUCAAUUCUACUCUACGACAAGGUGCUAAAGGAACUCAGUGAAUUCAGAAACAAAAUGUAGUUCUAAUCCAGGGCCUGGCAAAGAGUCUAGUUAGAUUAGAAUGAUCAAGGAUAAGUAUAGUAGGUAUAUGUAAGUCUUUAGAAGACUUCAAAAUGACUCAGAAAGUAUUUUCACUUAUUAUCUACCUGAUGACAUGUACUCUAUUAGUACAGGUCUCCGAUUGGGAUAAAAGAACAAUGGAGUUCUCAUAGUAGCAUUUCAAUCCUGUGGCUAACCUGAGUGGCCCUGGAACCUAUUUCCUCACUUCUAAAAUAAGGACAUGGUCUGAGUUCCCUUUCAGCUCUAAUAUCCUCAGAGCAUAUUAUUAUUAUAUUAAUGUGAACAUAGCUUCCCUCAAAAAAAAAAAAAAGGUUAACUUACAAUAAAUGAAGCUUUUAUGCAGGUUUCCGUAGCGUAGUGGUCAUCACGUGUGCCUUGCAGUAAGUGAAGUCUCAGCUACAUGAGACUCAGCAGUCUCAUGGGCUGCCACUACAGAAGUGUUAGUUUUAGAAUUCAUAAUAAUUCCUUUUAUUGCCACAAAAUAAAUUAAAACUGUAGUCAUAUAUUUUUGGAUAAUACAAAUUUGAAGGGUUACUUCGAUAUAUGGGAAAAGAUUGUUUCUACUUAGGGGGUGAAAAAAAGAAAGAGUAAUAAGGUUUGAAUCACACAUUGGCCCAGUAAAGCAGACUUCUGAAGAUCUGGCAGCAGAACCAUGAAGCAGAAUUAAUUUAAUCAUGAAAAACUUUACUGACUACUAUGUGCCUCUGCUAGAUAUUAGGGAUUAGACUGUUAAGACAUUGUCCUUUUCAUGUCCUUUAGUAAUUGUGAAGUAGGCUAUAAGUAAGACCUUAAUAGCUAACAUUUGGAACAGACCAAACAUGGGCAGGAAUCCCAGAAGGUAAAGCUCAUUCUUUCUGAUAGGACAACUUUUAAGUAUUUCCAAACUUUAAGAUCUAGAAAAUUUGUAAGUAUUUCUAUGCCAUGGGUUUCCUAUUGUGCAAACCCAAUCCAACCUACACAUAAUCCACCAUUUUUCUACUAAUCUCAGUGUAUCUGUCUUAUCAUCAGAAAAGCAGACUUCUGCAAUAAUGACUAAUCAAAACUUUUCUGCAGAUCCACUGGGACAUGGGUUUAUCUGGCAGUCCUCAGAUAAAUCUUCAAAGAACAAUAUGUAAAGGCAUUCCACAUCCUAGCAAAUGACAAUGGGAAUAAAGAUGAGAGCAGCAUAUGCUUCCGGCAAGUGUAAGCAUCACCAUCCUAGUAGGUUUAGAAGACUGAUGAUUAUUUAUUGUCUAGAAUCUUCACAAAAUCAAAUCACAGUCAUCACUCUAGUGGCAUGUACAUUAAACUAUGUGCAUCAAAUUCCGGCCCUUGAAGAACAAGGAAGCCUACGGAUCUGGACAGAGAAAAAGGAAAAGGAAUUGCAAUGGAACUUCAUGUAAGAAAACAAUUGCAGAAACAGCUCAAUACCUUUGAAAAAGAUCCCUAUAGUAAGUAAGAAGGUAAGAUCCAAGCCAUGUAGUUAUGCAUGCCUCAGAGCACACCUGACUUUGGUCAAAGUCACUAAGAAAUUUCCAAGGUAACAAUGAAAGAAAGAAAAAAGAGAGAGAGAGACCAUCCCUACAAAAUCUGAAAUGGUUUUUGUUUGUUUUUGAGACAGGGUCUCACUGUGUCACCCAGGCUGGAGUGCAUGGCAUAAUCACAGCUCACAGCAGCCUUAACCUCCGGUGCUCAAGCUAUCCUCCCGCUGCAGUCUCCCAAGUAGCUGGGACUACAGGUGUGCACCACCACAGCCAGCUAAUUUUUGAAAUUUUUUGUAGAGACGGGGUCUCCCUAUGUUGCCUGGGCUGGUCUCAAACUCCUGGGCUCAAGCAAUCCUCCUGUCUCAGCCUCCCAAACUGCUGGGAUUAUAGGCAUGAGCCACUGCACCCAGCCUGAAGUGUUUUUAAGAAAUGAGAAGCCUCUAGGACUUCUAUAAUAAUCUUUGAAAUUGGCAUUUAUAAGCAUUACCUUAAAGAAACUACCCUUUAAAGUUCAUAUGGAUCAAGGGCUGUGAUUGCUAACUAGGAUCCAAAAAAGCUAUGAAUAAUGUACAUACAAUACAAAUAAAAUUUGGUAUGCAGUUUGGGAGUAUUCCUAAAGCGCAUUCAUUGACCUCUUCUGUAGUGAGAGAAGCCAACUGCCAAAAAAUCACCAUCAUUUUUGGUUGUUAUCUGAAAAUGACUGUGAGAGCUCAACUUGUGUUGCCAGGACCUCAAGCCGGUUGGGAUCAGGGGCUCCCUGCUCAUCUCAACUAGAGGAACUUCCUCUAAAUCCAACUUCCCAUGAGGCUAGUGGUUUCCUCCACAACAUUCCACAGGCCCUAUGGUCCCCUGGUGCUGGGCAGCUGGCUUUCUCAGCCAAUUGUCACAAACAGCCAACAGCCAAGCCCAAACCACCUGUUGACCAAGCAGUAUAUCUGCACCCAACCAACAAAGUUAUGCUCAAGCUUACCCUAUAAGAAGAGCAAGAAGCAAGGGGAAAGUGUCCUAUUACUAAAUGAAAACUCACUGUGUCCAGAAGCAGGAGCUAAUCCUGUCAUGAUGGUUCUGUGGGGGUGGGGGUGUUUGCUGAGCAGGGGGAUCAAGGGACCCAUGACCUCUCUUGACGACCUAGUAAGAUUCUCCAAUUAGACUCAUUGCUUAAUUCAUACCACAUGACUUUGUGGAAUUCAGUGCAAAUCCUGCUGAUUAUAGCUAGUGACCACAAAAAGACACAGAAUUUGCUCUUACCUGUCUUCUAGGACAGGUGGUGAUCAAGAAGGAUCCAUUUUACACAACCCCUUGCCAGAGAUUUAUGAAACCUCUGGUUUGCUGGUUAUUAUAAAACAUAAUGCAGCUGGGCAUGGUGGCUCACAUCUGUAAUCAAAACACUUUGGGAGGCCAAGGAAGGUGGAUCACCUGAAGUCAGGAGUUUGAGACCAGCCUGGCCAACAUGGUAAAACCCCAUCUCUGCUAAAAAUGCAAAAAUUAGCUGGACAUGGUGGUGAGCACCUGUAAUCCCAGCUACUCGGGAGGCUGAGGCAGGAGAAUUGCUUGGACCCAGGAGGCGGAGGUGGCAGUAAGCCAAGAUUGUGCCACUGCACUCCAGCCUGGGUGACAAGAGCAA